UCCUGAGGCGCUCUGUCUAGUUUACCCAGCAUGUUGAGUCAGGUCUCAUUUAAUUCAUAAAGAGACUUUCCAGGAAACAGAGAGAAGCAAGAGAGAAAGAUUCCCACGGAUCAUGUAAGAACAAAGCCGUUUCUGUUUCUAUUUCUGUGCGUAACGGACCGUGGAGAGAUGGAACAAGUGGUGCGCACAGAGCGGAGAGCUCUGCCGCAGCUCUGCCUCUGCCUCCUCCUCCACCUCCUGGUGGGCUUCUCCGUGCCAUCCUCGGCGGCCUUUGACCUGGUUCUCCUCCACACCAACGACGUGCACGCCCGGGUGGAGGAGACCAGCAAGCUCUCUGGGAAAUGCAGCAGCAGCAGCCAAGGCAAGUGUUUUGCCGGGGUGGCCCGGAGAGCCACGAUGAUCAAGAGGAUCCGCAGCACCGAGAGCAACGUGCUGCUGCUGGACGGCGGAGACCAGUUCCAGGGGACCGUCUGGUUCAACUACUACAAGGGAGCCGAGGCUGCACAUUUCAUGAACAAACUGGGUUAUGAUGCCAUGGCUUUUGGAAAUCAUGAGUUUGAUAACGGAGUGGACGGACUCAUGAAGCCGUUCAUGGAGCAGAUUAAGUGUCCUGUUCUCAGCGCCAACAUCAAGCCGGACGCAACUCUGGCCUCGACGUUUGGCAACUCUUAUUUACCUUAUAAGAUCCUUACGGUUGGCAGUGAGAAGGUUGGCGUGGUGGGAUACACUUCACAGGAAACCCCAGAUCUGUCCAAACCUGGACCACACCUGCAGUUCGAGGACGAGGUGACCAUCCUGCAGGUGCAGGUGGACAAACUGCUGACGUUGGGAGUCAAUAAGAUCAUCGCUCUGGGUCACUCAGGCUUCACUGUGGAUCAGGAGAUCGCCAAGAAGGUCCGCGGAGUCGACGUCGUCAUCGGUGGACACAGCAACACUUUCCUCUUUACAGGACCCGCUCCGUCCUCUGAAGUCCCUGCAGGUGUUUAUCCUUUCAUGGUGAAAUCAGACAAUGGGCGGCAGGUUCCUGUCGUGCAGGCCUACGCCUUUGGAAAGUAUCUGGGUUACCUGAAGGUGACCUUUGACGAUGCUGGGAACGUGCUGAAGUCCACAGGAAACCCCAUCCUGCUGGACAGCAGCGUCCAACAGGAUCCAGAAGUUCUUGCCGACGUGGAGGAAUGGAAGAAGAAUCUGGCCAACUACUCGACUCAGGUGAUUGGAGAGACUCUGGUCUUCCUGAACGGGACCACUGAGGAGUGUCGAUUUCGGGAAUGCAACCUGGGAAACCUGAUCUGUGAUGCCAUGAUCGACAACAACGUCAGAUCCUCAGACGAUGUUCAGUGGAACCAUGUCAGCGCCUGCAUCAACAACGGAGGAGGCGUCCGCACCUCUAUUGACGAACGCACAAGAAACGGUACGAUCACAAUGGAGGACAUGAUCGCCGUCCUACCUUUUGGAGGAACCUCCGACCUGGUGCAGCUGAAGGGCUCCACACUGUUCAAAGCCUUCGAACACUCAGUGAGACGAUACGGCCAGAGCAGCGGAGAGUUCCUCCAAGUGUCCGGAUUUCGUGUAGAGUUUGACUUGUCCAAACCAGUGGGGAAUCGUGUGAAGAGCCUCCUCAUCCUCUGCACAGAGUGUCGAGUUCCUCGCUACGAACCCGUCCAGGAGGAGAUGGUUUAUAGAGUGGUGCUGUCGUCCUACAUGGUGAAUGGUGGAGACGGAUUCUCCAUGAUCGCAAACGAGAAGCUCAAAUACGACAGCGGGGAUUUGGACAUUUCAGUCGUGUCCAACUACAUCGCGAAAAAAAAGAAAGUUUACCCGGCUGUUGAAGGACGCAUCAAGAUCUUUAACGCAGCUUCUGGACAAACCGCUCCACUGGUUUUACUGGUUUCAAUGGGGCUGCUGUGGACUCUGUGUUGGAACAUGUAAGGCUGAUUUUUACCACGACAAACGUUUUUUAAAAGAACUGCACAUGAACUUGAAGAUUUAACAGCACUGAUGGAUUUAAAACAGAAACCACAGCCGAGGCGACUUAACAGCUGCAGUUCCUGUAAAGACCACUAGAUGCCCUGAAGAAACCGACUGUAUUGAGUUGAGCAGGAAAUCGUCCAAUUUCUGUCCAGAAACGUGAAAUAAAAAGACUCUUUACACAAAAA